AUGUUGCUUGAUUUAGUCUACUUUAUAUUAAUAGCUAGGGUUCAAGCAUUUCACCCACCAACUCUCACCCCUGAAACUGGGGAAGUUCAGCAUGAUCCUACGAUUGGUAAUUUCAUCCAGAGAGACGUCGGUCAAGAUGUUCGCAUAACAUGCUCAGAUAUUACCAAUGAAGCUGUCGAGUUUGCAUUUCCGAAUCUGACGGACAAUCGAGGCUAUUCAGAAGAAGAUUUUAAUUCACGCUAUACUCUAGAGGAUCUUGCCUAUGGUCAUACGCUUCAUAUUAGGGAUUUAAAGGUAAGAUAG